CUUAUGAUAUUCAUUUCGCCUUCACCGCUCCCUUCACCUUCACCGCCACCGCCACCGCCACCGCCGUUACUUCACCGCUACCGCCGCCAAUACCGACUUUGAGGACAGCCCGUAUCAGCACUACAAAUAAAUGAACAAUUGCAUUCAAGGUAGCGUCAUCUUCUAAUUCAUUAGCCGCUGGGAUAUGCCAGGCAUGAAGCUCCUCGCGCGUUUUAGAUCUUUACGUGUCUGUAAAGAUCUUCAUGUAAUUACAGGUCCUCUGCAAUCUCGUUCGUUUCAACCUGAUUUUGUUCCCAGAGAUCCCAAUGCGAAGCCCAAAAGAUACAAAUACCCUGCUGUCUAUGAUCCAUAUGGCCCUCGACCUCCACCUUCAGACAAGAUUAUUCAGCUGGCUGAACUAAUUGCUGCUCUACCCCCUGAAGAGUGUAGACAAAUUAGUCCGUUACUCCAGGAGAAACUAAGACAUCCGAAGCUGAAACAAAUUUCAGUCGAAGGCAUGGAUUUGGGUGCAAUGGGAGGAACAGGUGGCGGACCUGCAAAAGCUGAGGAGAAGAAGGUAGAGAAAACAGCAUUUGAUGUCAAGCUGGAGAAAUUCGAUGCAGCUGCAAAAAUCAAGGUGAUCAAAGAGGUACGUGCAUUCACGAGUCUAGGAUUGAAGGAAGCCAAGGAUUUGGUCGAAAAGGUGCCUGCUAUACUUAAACAAGGAGUGACAAAAGAGGAGGCGAAUGAAAUAAUAGAAAAGAUCAAAGCUGCUGGUGGAGUUGCUGUCAUGGAGUAAAAAUCUCUGCUAGGUUCAGAAUUUUCCCCCUUUACGUCCAUUUUUAUGUUAGGAUAAGUGGACAUAACAUCUUUCAGCUAUGUUACUCGGACUCUUCACCUUAUCAAAAAAAAAUAAAAAAUUGCUCGGACUCUUCAAAAAUGCCAUCGGGUGCGUGACGGAUCCUCCAAAAGUAGUGCAUUUUUUAAGGGUCUGACACGGGUACGGCAACGUUUUGGAGAGUCCGAGCAACAUAGUCUUUCUGAAUCACAAAUUUGAUUAUCGUUGUAUGCUUACGUUUUCCAGGCAUAAGGGUUAAUUGGUACUAAGCAGAAUCCUCAAGUUCUCUAAAGGUUUAUAAACCCAUUUCACCAUGUAGUUCUUGGUUGGUUGUAUUUUGAUCCUUCCAUUUAGUUUUAAUAUUAUUUACUCAGAAUACAGAUUUGAUGACAUCAAAGCUGUUUGACAGUGUUGUUAUGUUGUAGUUGAACUGCGGUAUAUUACCAAAAUGAGGUAUGGUGGGAUGGUUGAAUCCUUCCACCCUUAAUCAGAGCCCAGAGGUUUCGUGUUCGAGAUUUUCUCGGAAGGAGUUCUUUACCUCCUUAGUUGGCCUACGCGGCUCUACUACGCGGGCAUAACCGAAGUAGAUCAAGAGAAGCGACGAUGCCCAGACGACAAAUUUGACACAAUGUCAAACAGGCCAAAGGCUCAGAAUGAGACAACUCAGGGAUCCAGAAUGACUUCAUUGACUGAUCACCGAACAACAUUGACUGAUCACCGAACAAGAAAGACGCUUUGUAAAACCGAAAAAGAAUUGCCUGUAUAUUCUAUAAUUCUAGUUUCAUUUGUUCUUUUUAUCUUUCUUCUCGGAUUGAUUGCGCAGCUUAAUAUAGCAGUAAGUGUACGGUGUAGACGAGAAGCAUUCGUUGGUUCCCUCUUGAAUCUCUAAAUGGAGCUUUGAAUGGUUGCUUAGA